GUUCUCCAUAAGGUACCUUGCUUGAACCAGUAGCUGCAGCGGCCCAAUCUGGCAUUAGGUAUUCGACAACUGGCGAGGAGUUGCAUCCCUCCAACAUUGGACUUCACGAGGCCCCAGGUGUCCUUGAAUUCAAGUUCUUGGCGAUUUCCCAGACGCGAACCACCUCAAUUGCCCAUCCAGCUAUCAACAACACCCACCGAAACGUACCUCGCCAACUUUCUGUCGCUAGCCAGCGCACUGGACCACGUUCCUCUGCAAGUCAACCGACAUGAGUGACAAAUAUGCGACUCCAGUAUGGCUAGUUGCUGCUUGUGCCACCGCAGUUACAGCCUCGAGUAUGCCAGCACCAACGUCGGCCCCCAUUCCGCCGGUGCUUCUCGCCAGGGCCGAAUGCCCCUCGAACAUGUUUCAGUGCCCGACCUCGCUCGGCGCCGUGUUCAGCGACAUAUGCUGCGAAAAUGGGCAGACAUGUGCUCUCGACAAUGAAGACAAGGCAGCUUGCUGUCCAUCGGGCGUUGUGUGUACUGGCGCUGCGCCGACUGGUAACAACCCAGCCCCAACACAAAGCCAGGGUACAUCCUUCGUAUCGAAUUCGUACUUUUCUUUCCCGUACGCCUUCACCGACUUUGACAAUAAAGCGGCCUGCACGUCCGCCCAGGAUGCUUGCUCAGACAACUACGAUGUGUGCACAUCGAACCUUGGCGGUAAUCAACGAGACCUUGCCGUAACGAUCGAAGUGCCAGGCGGAGGCGGAGUAACAGUCGGUGGCUCUGGCGAGGCGCUUGCAACUUCGGAAGCCGCCUCGAUUUGCUCUAGCCUUUACAUUGAGGCCUGCUCUGCCGUAGAGACGGCGGAUUGCGGCGAGUACGAGAAUGGUGCAACGCAGCUUGGGGCACAGUCGGUAUUGUUUACCAGGACGGCAGCACUGCUGAUGGCAUAUUCGCUUGGUCUUCUCUUAGGGUGAAUUUUGACCCUCGACGUCUCAAAAGCUUUUGAUCGAGCCAUAUACGUAUAUACCCCCGAGCCAAUCAUUGGUGCACGGCAGGCUCUAGAGUGUUCUCAGACUUUAUGCGCCAAACCUCCGCGUACAGGGAGAAUCGCGCCGACACGACCAGGAAUUGCAAUUGCUACAAUAGGAAGCAGCGCACCGUUCACUGCGGUCCACGAUGAUCCCCAGACACCUG